AUUAUUUUGAAUCUGUAGUGUAGGCUUAGGUCAUUAACCUAUUAGGUUUCGUCCGUAUAGUAGUGAUAUUAAAGUUGACUAAAAAGAGAUAAAUUCGAAAAUUAUUUUGGUUGUAGUUAAAAAUACUGGAGACUGGAGAACUUAUAAUUAAUAGGAACAGCAAAACCAGAUUAUCUUAAAUUGUAAUACCAAUUUUGUAAAUGAUUGACUGCUGACUGCAAUCUGUUGUCAUGAUUAAUGUUCUGAAGCAUCGAAGUAAAACACUUUCAGUUAUUUUCACAUUAGGAACUUUUAUUAACCUAUGUUCAAUACCUGCUUUGAGUGAGCAAAAUCCAGUAGAAAAAAGUUCAAAUAGUUCAGAAGAUGAAAGAGCUGAAGAGUUUUUACCAACUAUUUUGAUAGCAAUUUUAGCUCGAAAUAAAGCGCAUACAUUACCAUACUUUCUUGGGCAGCUAGAAAAUCUAAAUUAUCCCAAAUCUCGCAUUAUUUUAUGGAUAAGAACUGAUCAUAAUUUGGAUGAAACCAGCUCUAUAAUUAAAACUUGGGUUGCUAAGGAAAAAAAGAACUAUCAUAAGGUUGAUUUGGUUGUAGAUGACACAUAUGAUUCGUAUCUGGAUGAAAAAGGUAUAUUUGACUGGUCACCAAUUCAUUUUGAUCAUAUAAUAAGUUUACGUGAAAACUCUCUAGAAGCAGCAAGAAACCUGUGGGCAGAUUAUAUUUUCAUAGUUGAUUGUGAUGUGUUUUUAACAAAUGAAAACACUUUGCUAAGACUGCUUGAGCAGAAAAACGUUGUAGCACCAAUGUUAGAAUCAUUAGGAUCAUACUCAAAUUUUUGGUGUGGAAUGACAGAAAAAGGUUAUUAUAUAAGAACUGAAGAUUACCUCCCUAUCCUGAAUUAUGAAAAAACAGGAUGCUUUGAGGUUCCAAUGGUUCAUUCUGCAGUUCUGGUGAACUUGCAUCAUAAAAAAUCAUCAAGUUUAACAUAUAAUCCUGAUCAACUAUCUGGGUAUUUAGGUCCCAGAGAUGAUAUUAUCACUUUUGCACAUUCAGCUAAAGCUAGUAACACUAAGAUGUAUGUUUUGAACACAGAAGUGUUUGGAUUCAUUCUUCCACCAAUGGAUGCAACAAAAACAUUGACUGAUGACAAGGAACAACUGACAAAUCUUAAAUUAGAGGUGACAGUUGACGGACCACCUUUAGAUGUUUCACCUCAUCUACAGCAUCUUGUGUCUCAUCCUCCCAAAGAUACCCUGGGUUUUGACCAGGUUUAUAUGAUUAAUUUGUUACGUAGGUUUGAAAAAAGAAAACGAAUGCAAUAUUGUUUUGAUGUAUUGGGUAUAAAAGCAAAGGUUAUUGAUGCUGUAGAUGGUAAACAGUUGAAUGAAAGUUAUAUUCAAGAACAAGGAAUUAAAAUGCUUCCAGAAUAUAAAGAUCCAUAUCAUAAAAGACCUUUAACUAUGGGAGAAAUAGGAUGUUUUAUGAGUCACUAUAGUAUUUGGAAAGAUAUUAUUCAUAAUCAACACAGAAUAGCUUUAGUAUUUGAAGAUGAUAUUCGUUUUGAACCUUACUUCCGGCAGAAGUUAAACAAUUUAAUGAAUGAAAUGAAGCAAAAACAAUUGGAAUGGGAUCUGGCUUAUCUAGGUAGAAAGCGACUGUCCGAUUCAGAUGAACCAGUUGUCGAAGGCAUAUCAACUUUAGUUCAUGUAGACUAUUCUUACUGGACACUUUGUUAUGUAAUUACCUUAGAAGGUGCCUAUAAAUUAGUAAAUGCUCAGCCAUUAUCUAAAUUGGUCCCUGUAGACGAAUACCUGCCAAUCAUGUUUAAUCGUCAUCCAGAAGAAACUUGGAAACAGUACUUUGCUAAGAGAAAUUUGAAGGCCUUUUCUGCCAAUCCACUUUUGGUUUAUCCUACUCAUUAUACUGGAGAGGACAACUACAUAAGCGACACAGAAGAUUCUGGUACCAUUACUUCUGCCCCAAGGGAUGAACUGUGAAUAUAAAACUUGUGUUACUUUGGAGUCGAACUACAGAUGAAUCAAACUGUAUGUAUGAAAAAUUAUAUUGCUUUGGACUAACAGUCUGUUAUAGGAUAUAAAACUUUUAAGUUAACACUUGAUAUGUUGCAUUGUACACAACAGAACUAUCCUAUUUUUUAUUUUAUUUUAUUUUAAAAUUGUUACUAAAGUUAAGUUCAAUUACUCAUUUUUGGAAUCUUGCAGCACCAGAGGUAUAGAAUUCAUAUUGCUAGGUGCCUGGGACAACACAUUUUUGCCAUGAUACUUUUCCUAUUGGGCAAGGACAAGUAGUUUUUUUUGUUUUUUUUCAGAUUGUCCAUUUUUAUUGCUAGAAGAACAGUACAGAUACAUUUCUAAAGGCAUGCAAGUUUCAAAGAAAUCUGAACUGUGAAAGUCCUGCACAUAAAAGGCAACCUCUAAAUCUUAAAUUAAAACUAUGUAUCCCUUUAAUGCACAAACCUGCAGUAACACAUACACAUGGUAACAAAAGCAUUUAAAUUAAUUGAGUGAUACUGUUGCUUUGUUUUUGUCUACAGUAAGAGUCUAGUAAAGUUUGACUGCCACCUGUAGGAAAAAUAUAUUUACAAUGAAAUUUGUAAAAAGCUUUAAACAUAUAUAUAUUAAACACUAUUUCAGUUCCUGGCAGCAUUAAUGUAAACUGUGAUUUUUUAAAAUCAGUUCAUGCCUGGGAUAUACUGAAUGUUGCUCCGUAAAAUUAUAAUGAAUGAGCGAACAUCUGUGAAGAGCCUAAAUGCACAGAGUUGUAUACCAAAUGGCAUUGCAUUGAUGAAUAUAUAGCAUUUUGGCUAAAAAGAUGUAAUGAUACAAAAUGUUAGGACCAAAAAUAAAAUAGAUUCUGUAAAAUUUUAAAUAAACAAUAUGUUUAGAUUUGUAAGUGUUUUGAAUAACAAUUUGUAAUGAUGUUUAUUUAAUAACUUGCCCACUUUUGAUUUCAUAUUUUUUGUGAAAGCUGCAGAAAAACAUUUUAAAAUGUGCAAAAUUGAAUAUUAAGCAUUUACACCUAAACCCUUCAUAUACCUAUACAUAUACAUUGUAUUAAAUUUAAAUUCAUAGAAGUUAUGCAAACAAUUGGAUAUCCCAAAUAUGAGACUAUGCACUUUUUACAAUUUUAUACUUUGUACCAUAUGGUACCACUGUAGGUAUCAAAUUCUAAAAAAGAGUACCUAGCAUAAUAUUUGGGCUAACCAGUGGGUUUUUAAUGUAUUUCAUUUUCUCAAUGAAAAAAAAAGUUUAGAUUUUUAAGAGAUGUGAUAGGAAAUUGGAUUUGAUGGAAAGUUGUUCAUUAGGCCAUGCAAUGUAGGUAAUUGGCAUUGCUACCAUCUUUGCAAUGGUUAUAAAGAACUGGGAACCUAUGCUUAAUAUUUCUCAGUCCUGCCAAAGAUAACUCAAAACAACCAAAUUUCUUGACAAGAAUGAAGAAUACCUUCAUAUCUGUAAGCUGCUGAAGAUACCAUCAGCAUUGGCACAAAUUAAAUUAAUUCUGAGUGUACAAUCUCUGUUUGAUAGAUGUCUAAAUAUUUUUCAGCAGAAGGACUCCUUAACAUGUUCACUGCUGAGGAUGCACAUGUGCAUCAUAAAUACAAAAAUUUAGAGAGUACAUGUUUUAGAUUUGUUAUUAUUGCUAUUAUUUAAAUUGGAAACACAAUAAUGUUGCACAGAAACUCUUAUCAGCACUUGCCAUAGAUGCUGCCAAGCAUUGCAGUAGUUAAUGUGUUAAUCCAUAUUCUACAUUCAAAAAUGUUAGGAAUCCUCAAGUCAUUCAUGUUCAGAUUUUUCAGAAGCACUCUGAUCUCAGCAUAACAUGUAAAGAAACAUCUGUUCAUUGAUGUCAAAAAACAAGGCAGUCAAUUAGCUGAUGUGGGAAUUUAGCAAUCUAUUUGAUCAUUGUUGCAAAAAGAAGCUUGAACUUUUCACUAUGAACAUUGAGAACUUUUUGCAGACUGUGACCAGAUAUCUUCAGAAAAAAGUGCCUCUUGAAAUUGAUCAGCUGAUGAAUUUGUUAUGUCUUCAUCUUUUAAUACAGAAAGAAGAGAGUGAUGGUUAAAAAAAAAAUAGAAACAUUGCACUGAAAAUAUCUCAAGUGGUUCAGAAGCAUGAAAUGCACAAUUGACAGACGAGUUGAAAAUAUAUUAGUUAGAAGAUAUCCCUGAGAGCUAAGAAGAAAAUAAGAAAGGCAAAAUGGAUCAUUACUAGUGUAACGUUUUACCAAGCAAAAUUGCUGAUGGAACUAAAAAUACAACAUUAGAGUAAAACUUGUGAAAGCAUCUUUGCUAAAGUUAACCAAAACUGGUCUGAAAACAAGAAAAUGCUAACAAAAGAAGGGACAGUUAUGUCAGGUAAUUUCAAGAACAUUAUAAGAAUACUGAAGGAUGCAAUAAAAGUUGGUGGGGUCAAAGUUUCAGAAAUACCUGUAACAAAGACUACAAGAAGCAGGCAGACAUACUCAUAAUGUGUACAAGAAAAGGUUUAAAGAUGAAUUAGAGAAGGCCAAAACAAAACAAAGGCAUGUGGAUGAGCAAAUGAAACUAGCAGAAAGCCUUUAUAAAAGACAAAACUGUAAUUGUUAUGUUAGAAGCAGUAAGAGUUAAAUAUAUUGAUUCUAAUCAGUUGUUUCUUUUUAUAUUUUCCAAGUAUGAAGUAUGGUAACCAAUGCUGAAUACUAGGAUUCAGAGGGAAAACAUUUAAGAAGCAAAAUAAAUUGUCUGUGAGUUUAGUUGUUGCUAUUUGUUUGAGAACAAGGUAAGCUGUUUAGAAGACAUACCCUAAGAAAAUCACAAUUGUCACUAAAAAUUCCUACAUUUGUGCCAUUAAUAAUUAAAAUGGGCCCUAAAUUUUGACCAACAUGAAUUUGAAAACCUGUAUUAGAGCCUCAGAAAUCUAGUAUAUAAAGCAUGCUAUGUGGAAUUUGACAUGAUACAUUUAUAAAAAUUGAAAAAGAGCAAAAUGACAAACCAUUCCUUCACUGUGAACAACUAUAGUAAUUGCCUACGAAAGUUUCAUGUAAUCUUUUAUAACCGUAAGCUAAUUAUUGUAAACCAGUCCAUGUAUAACUGAUUAACAUAGAAAUAGUUUUACAAUUUUUACCUCUUAUUUACACACACACACACACACACACACACUGUUGGUAGAUUAAACCACACAUUGAAUGUACAUUUUUGCUUCUAGAAGAUCUUGGUGGAUAUAAAUAUACAUAUAAAACUAUAUGUAUAUAUAAGAACUUAAGACUCCUGAUUUUUAUGCAAUGGUGUUAUAAUGUACUGUAGUUACUGAUAACUCUUGUAUGGAUACUUCAGACCAGAUAGCAAACAGACACAUAUAUUAAAAACUCUGUGUAUUAAAGGUUAUCAUAUGAAAUCACCAGUAUAAAUACAGUGUAUUUUGUAAUUUUAUAUGCGAGUCUAAUAAAUACAUACACCCCCCAUGUAUGGCCUGAUGGUUAGCAUGCUCGACUUGCAAUCUGAAGAUCGCGAGUAGGAAUCCCCAUUUGUUCAUUCCUAUAUGGUUGGCAACUGGGCCAGCCACCAGAGUGUAAAAAUCCUUGGCUUAUAUAAUUACCAUCCAACUCCAAAGUAUUGGAAUUAAGGUCGUAAGGGGGGGGGGGGCAUAUAUAGAAUACUGGCAUGUAGUUGUUCACAAUUCCUUCAACAAAGAUUAACACCUAUUGCUUAUCAUAUACAAUGUAACUUGUGUAAAACAUAUAGAACGUAUGGAAGAAUAAGCAAGAAAAUAGUACAGGUAGGAUACCAGCCAAAGCAUCAAGUCUAAAACUAAAUGUACCUUUUUGCAUCCAACAUCCCACCCAACAGUUCAUAUCUAGUAUAGUUAAUAAAAAAAACAUGUUAAACUGUGAAAGUGUCUCCCAUGGGUCAAAUUUUUCCAAUCAGUUAACACUUUGAGACUUCUUUUUUUUGUCUAACAGUGCUAUAAUUUUCACAUAUAAAAACAUACAAACUCAAAGCAGUUCUCCAGAUAAAGGUUAAACAAAACCUUGUACAAAGUGUCAUUAGCUUUCAUACUUUUAAACUCAAAAUUUCUCAAGGUUAGUUUCAGUACCUUGUUAGGUCUAGUCAUCACAGCCACUUCCUCAGGCUGCAGUCUUUCCUCAAUAUUAUUAUACCCAGUUCUUUCUCUCUUGCCACAACCAACACUUUUCUCAUACAAUAUGUUCUUCAUGUGUAAAAUUGCAAUAACUUUGAACUUAUAAAACUACUGUACAACCAAUGAUUCCUCCUGAUGUAACACUUGUUUGUACUGAUAUUCCAUAGUAUUUAUGACAUGAAGUAAUAAAUUAUAUGACUUAAUAGCAGUGUAUGUAGAUUGUGUAAGGAACAAUAUUAUUUAUUCAAAAUUAUUUUUGUUAUAAUUUGGCUUGACCACAUUUGUGAAGCUUUCAUGCUUACAGAGUGCAUUAUUUGCUUAAUUACAAAUUACAGUAUAUUGCUUCUAGUCAUAAGUGGGUUGAAAUUUUACUAAACUACAGGUAGAUUAUAACUUGUUAAUCCUUAAUAAAAUAAAAAUAUUCUACUGCAUUGCUUUACAAUAUACUUUGAAACCAGAAGUUUUGUAUUUAAUUUUCUUCCAGUAGGCAGCUAUGUUUACAUUGGUAUUGCAUGGUUGUGCAAUACAUACAAGCCUUUAAUUGCUUUUGUUGAUGUAUUAUGUAGUUUUAAACAGUUAAACUGAUGCUUAAGACUAAUUUUAAUUAUAUUUUUAAUGUUAAUAUUGAAAAGUUGGACAUUUUAUUCUCUGUUGGAAGAAACAAUCAAAUUAUUGUAAACUACGAAAUUAAAAAUGUCAUCUUUAUCCGAUGUAAAGACUAGAACGUAUCUAAUUUUAGUCAAGUCAGCAGUGUUGUGGCCUUCAUUAGCUAAACUGUAGUAACUCCUAGUUGGCUAGGUGAUAACUUGUGGUAGUACUUGAAAAUGAGUUUGAUACAAGGAGUUAUCAUGUGCUGGUACUACAGUGAUUAAAUUCUCAACGAAUAGCAUCUCUCUUAAAGGACAUACGUUAUAUACUUUGCAAUGCAUGUAUGAUGCAAACUAAUUUUUUAAGGUGACUUAGCAAACCAUUUUCACUCUAAUGGAUUUAUGUAUUCUAAUGCAGAGAAGUAAAAGGACAAAAUAUACAUAAAUAUACACUGUGUUCCAGGUCUAAAACCUAGCUUCAAUGAAAAAGGCUUCAUUUCUGUAAAAACGAUUUAUUAAUGGUGAAGAAAAAGAGAAACACAUUACUAGUUACCACGUCAAGUCAGUUUUCUCUAUUUUUGAGUAGCACUUUAAGGGCUAUCAUCAGUAUUUUUGUGGUAAGUUUCCUUUUUUUUUUCAGCAUUUAUUCUCAGAUAUUAUGUAUUCUAGUUCUUUGUAGUUUGCGUUCUUGUGUUUAAAAUGUCAAAUAUGCAUUUAUGUCCAAAUACAGGUAUUUUAUUUUUUGAUGUGUUUUGCUUGAUGUAGGAUGUUUAAUAGUGUGUAUUAAUGUUUUUCUGGUCAUGCACUUUGCUUAGUGCUAUUGUUGAUGAUUGAAUUAAAUGCAAGUGUAAUGUGUUUUUAAAAAGUGAUAUGUAUGGGUAAAAGUGUGCAUUGAGUCCCAGAAAUUGAAUAUGAAUGUAACAAACAAUGCAGUAAAUGUAACUUGCAUAAUCAUGCUUUUAAGGAUUUAUGUACUUGUACAAAUAGGAUGUGACUUUCUUCAGUAAUAUUCAUAUUGGCUAUGUGAGAAAUAAUUUGGCUACAAAUUAUAUAUCUAAUUAAUUACACUGACUAUUUUUACACUUAUAUUUUAAAGGUUCAACAGUUUCCUGAGGAAUAUAUGUUGUAUCAUGCUGGUAUUCUAUGGAUAUGUAGCUUAAGAGAGUGUUUUAUAUUAAUGAUUUACAUUUUACAUGUGUGUGUAUUUUGGAUUAUGCUGUGUUACAUAUUGAUGGCCAGUACUAAAAUGUAGACUUGCUAAAGUGAUCUUUAAUUAUGUGUAUUUGUUGUGUGCAUUGAAUUCAUUUUUGUAUUGUUAAUAUGUGUAUGUAAUCAAUAUUUUUCUUUACCUUUAAAAGUUGUUUUUAAAGUUAACAUUACUAUUGAUUUUUACAAGUUAAUAUUUAGUGAAUUUUAAUUUUCAUAAGCAUUAGUUAAAAAUAUAUACUUUUGGUUUAUUGAACUAAGAACACAUUGGAAAUAAAAGUGUAAUAACUUUAUAUUUUUUGUUAUUGGUACACUAUCCAAAUAAAAUAAAAGCUAAUUAGUAAUUUAAAAUGCAAGGUAGUAUUAUAGUAAAGGCCAUUUUAGCUUGACAUGGAAGUUUGAACAUUUGAAAUAUUAUGGUAAUGAGUAAAUAUUGAAAUUAAAAUAACACUAAAAUGUGAUAGUUGCCACAUAGACAUCCUAAUACAACCAUUUGAGAAACAAUAACUGUAACAAACUGUUUAAAUUUAAACAUUUUUAAAGCACGAAUAAAUGUAAUUAUCUUAUUCCAUUCCAUAUUAAAUUGGACUGUGUUUGCUGAUAAUUUUAUCAAUUACAGAAUUUCAGUCAAGAUAUACUACAACUGAAGUAACCUUAUAAGAUGAUUAAUACAUAAAGAUUUUAUAGUUUCAUAAUAUAAGUUGUCUUAAAAAGUUAUACCUUGAUAUAUAGUCAAUUUACAAAUGUUUUUUUUAUGAUAUCAGUAAUAUAUUCUAAAUGGAUGAAAGAAAACUUUUAUUAAAUUGUUACUAAAGAAACUACAGUUUUGUACUACCAUGUGUGGAACCACAAGAGGCUUUGUGCCAAAGAAAAAAUACGAGGUUACCAAUGUUAUUUUUAAUUUCCUGUGUAUGGACCAAGUAUUUUAUUUGCUUUUACACUGGUUAUAUGUACUUCUAUAAAUAUUACAAGGCGUAUUUGUGCAUUUAAGAAGUUUAUAAAUAUUUGUAAUUUGCUGAAGUAAAAUAAAUGAUUUUUAUGCAAGUAAAA